AGGUGUCAACAUCUCUCUCUGCCAGGAGUGGGGAGGGGAAAGCGCUUCUGUCUGCCAUGGCUGUCCGGGCCCCUGCACCGCGGGGUGACGCCAGCGCCGAGAGAUAUCUGUUUGUGGACCGGAACCAGGUGGGAAACCCGGCGUCCCAAGCAGAUUGGACGGCCAAGCGGCUGGUGUGGGUCCCAUCGGAGCGCCAUGGCUUUGAGGCGGCCGGGCUACGGGAGGAGCGGGAAGACGAGAUGCUGGUGGAGCUUGCCGAGAACGGGCGUCAGGUGCUGGUCGCCAAGGACGAUAUCCAGAAGAUGAACCCCCCCAAGUUCACCAAGGUGGAAGACAUGGCGGAGCUGACCUGCCUUAACGAGGCCUCUGUGCUGCACAACCUCAAGGACCGCUACUACUCGGGCCUCAUCUAUACAUAUUCAGGGCUUUUCUGCGUGGUCAUCAACCCUUAUAAGAAUCUGCCCAUUUACACAGAGCAGAUUGUGGAGAUGUACCGGGGUAAGAAGCGCCACGAGAUGCCCCCCCACAUAUAUGCCAUCUCCGAGGCUGCCUACCGAAGCAUGUUGCAAGACCGAGAGGAUCAGUCCAUCUUGUGCACGGGGGAAUCUGGUGCUGGCAAGACGGAGAACACAAAAAAAGUGAUCCAGUACUUGGCGCACGUGGCUUCAUCUCACAAAGCCCGGAAGGACCACAAUGUGCCGCCGGAGUACCUGAACGAAACCAAGCAACAGACCUCCAACCCUGCUUCCUACGGUGAACUGGAGCGUCAGCUGCUGCAAGCCAACCCUAUCUUGGAAGCAUUUGGCAAUGCGAAAACUGUCAAAAACGACAACUCCUCACGAUUUGGUAAAUUUAUCCGGAUUAAUUUUGAUGUAGCUGGCUACAUUGUCGGAGCCAAUAUAGAGACAUAUCUGUUGGAGAAAUCGCGAGCCAUUCGUCAGGCCAAGGACGAGCGAACCUUCCACAUCUUUUAUCAGCUUUUAGUGGGCGCUGGUGAGCAUAUGAAAGCGGAGCUGCUGCUGGAGCCGUUCAAUCAGUAUCGCUUCCUGUCCAAUGGGUACCUGCCCAUCCCAGGGCAGCAGGACAAAGAGAUCUUUCAGGAGACCAUGGAGUCAAUGCGCAUCAUGGGCUUUUCGCACGAGGAGAUACACUGUAUGCUCCGGAUGGUCUCGGCUGUGCUGCAGUUUGGGAACAUUUCUUUCCGCAAAGAGAGGAACACAGACCAGGCCUCCAUGCCUGACAACACAGCUGCCCAGAAGCUCUGCCACCUCCUAGGCAUGAACGUCACAGAGUUCUCUCGUGCCAUCCUCACCCCACGCAUCAAGGUCGGCCGAGACUAUGUGCAGAAGGCGCAGACAAAGGAGCAGGCUGACUUUGCCGUUGAAGCUCUGGCCAAAGCUACCUACGAGCGGCUCUUCCGGUGGCUGGUGCAUCGGAUCAACCGUGCGCUGGACCGUACCAAGCGCCAGGGGGCAUCCUUCAUUGGCAUUCUGGACAUCGCCGGUUUUGAAAUAUUCCAGCUGAAUUCCUUUGAACAGCUUUGCAUCAACUACACCAAUGAAAAGCUUCAGCAGCUCUUCAACCACACCAUGUUCGUGCUGGAGCAGGAAGAAUACCAGCGAGAGGGCAUCGAGUGGAACUUCAUAGAUUUCGGUCUGGACCUCCAGCCCUGCAUUGACCUCAUUGAGAGGCCGGCAAACCCCCCAGGGGUGCUAGCUCUACUGGAUGAGGAAUGCUGGUUCCCCAAAGCCACCGACAAAAGCUUUGUGGAGAAAGUGUCUCAGGAGCAGGGGUCCCACCCUAAGUUCCAGAAGCCCCGGCAGCUGCGGGACAGAGCUGAUUUCUGCAUCAUUCAUUACGCCGGCAGGGUCGAUUACAAAGCAGACGAAUGGCUCAUGAAGAACAUGGACCCUCUGAACGACAACGUGGCCACCCUCCUCCACCAGAGUGCAGACAAGUUUACGGCAGAGCUGUGGAAAGACGUGGACCGUAUUGUGGGUCUGGACCAAGUGAGCGGCAUGGGAGACCUCACCUUCGGCGCCUCGUACAAGACUAAGAAGGGGAUGUUCCGCACGGUGGGGCAGCUGUACAAGGAGAGUCUCUCCAAGCUCAUGUCAACGCUGCGCAACACGAACCCCAACUUUGUGCGCUGCAUCAUACCGAACCAUGAGAAGAGAGCUGGAAAACUGGAACCCCAUCUUGUCCUGGAUCAGCUGCGCUGCAAUGGAGUCCUGGAGGGAAUCCGCAUCUGUCGCCAGGGAUUCCCCAACCGUAUCAUCUUUCAGGAAUUCCGGCAGAGGUAUGAGAUCCUCACUCCAAAUGCCAUCCCCAAGGGCUUCAUGGAUGGGAAACAGGCCUGCGAACGCAUGAUCAAGGCUUUAGAGCUGGACCCCAACCUCUACCGCAUCGGCCAGAGUAAGAUCUUCUUCCGGGCUGGCGUUUUGGCUCACCUGGAAGAAGAGCGGGACCUGAAGAUUACAGACAUCAUCGUGUCCUUCCAGGCUGCGGCCCGGGGAUACCUGGCUCGCAGGGCUUUCAUGAAGAAGCAGCAGCAGAUGAGCGCCCUCAAGGUCAUGCAGCGCAACUGUGCAGCCUACCUCAAGCUGCGCCACUGGCAGUGGUGGCGUCUCUUCACCAAGGUGAAGCCCCUCUUGCAGGUGACACGCCAGGAUGAGGUGAUGCAAGCCAAGGCACUGGAGCUGCAGAAGGUGCAAGAGAAACACACAAAAACACAGACGGACCUUAAGGAACUGGAAAACAAGUACCAGCAGCUUUCGGAGGAGAAGUCCAUCCUGGCUGAGCAGCUGCAGGCCGAGACGGAGCUCUUUGCCGAAGCCGAGGAGAUGCGGGCGCGGCUGGCAGCUCGGAAGCAAGAGCUGGAGGACAUUCUGCACGAGCUGGAGUCGCGGGUGGAAGAGGAAGAGGAGCGCUGCCAGCAGCUGCAGACGGACAAGAAGAAGAUGCAGCAGCACGUGCAGGACCUCGAGGAGCAGCUGGAGGAAGAAGAAGCUGCCCGGCAGAAGCUGCAGCUGGAGAAAGUCAGCACGGAAGCUAAGCUGAAAAAAAUGGAGGAGGACUUGCUGGUGCUGGAAGACCAAAACUCGAAGCUGCUCAAAGAGAGGAAGCUGAUGGAGGAACGUCUUUCAGAGUUCACCUGUCACAUGGCAGAAGAGGAGGAGAAGGUGAAGAGCCUGUCUAAACUGCGCAACAAAUACGAAGCAGUCAUAGCCGACAUGGAAGAUCGGCUAAAGAAGGAAGAGAAGGGGCGCCAGGAGCUGGAGAAGCUGAAGCGCAAGCUGGACGGGGAGGCAGGUGAUCUGCAGGAACAAGUCGUGGAGCUUCAGCAGCAGCUGGAAGAGCUCCGCCAAGCGCUGGCAAGGAAGGAGGCCGAGCUGCAGGCAGCCCUGGCCAGAGUGGAAGAAGAAUCAGCACAGAAGAAUGCCGUGCUGAAGUCACUGCGUGAGCUGCAGGCCCAGUUAGCAGAACUACAGGAGGAUCUGGAGUCUGAGAAGGCAGCCCGUGCCAAGGCUGAGAAGCAGCGGCGUGACCUGGGUGAGGAGCUGGAAGCGCUGAAGACCGAACUCGAGGACACCCUGGACUCGACCGCCGCGCAGCAAGAGCUACGGUCAAAGCGGGAGCAGGAAGUGACCGAGCUGAAGAAGACCAUAGAGGAGGAAGUCAAGACCCACGAAGCGCAAGUGAUGGAAAUGCGCCAGCGUCACACCACUGCUCUUGAGGAGGUGUCAGAGCAGCUGGAGCAGUCACGUCGGCUCAAAGCUACUCUGGAGAAGGCCAAGCAAGCCCUGGAAGGGGAGAAUGUCGAGAUGCAGAAGGAGUUGAAACUUCUGCAAGGGACCAAACUGGAGUCAGAGCAACGGCGCAAGAAACUGGAGGGGCAAGUCCAGGAGCUCCAGCUGCGGUCGGCCGAGAGUGAGAGGGCCAAGACCGAACUCACAGACAGGCUGGUGAAGCUGCAGAGUGAACUUGAUGCAGUCUCUGGAACCCUGGGAACGGCCGAGUCCAAGACGAUAAAACUUGCCAAAGACCUGGCCAGCAUAGAAUCCCACCUGCAAGAUACCCAGGAACUGCUCCAGGAAGAGACGCGGCAGAAGCUGAACUUGAGCUCACGAGUCCGGCAGCUGGAGGAAGAAAAGUCGGCUCUGUUGGAGCAAUUGGAGGAGGAGGAGGCCGUCAAGGCCAGCUUCACCCGCCAGACCCAGGCCUUGCAACAGCAGGUGAUGGACACCAAGAAGAAACUGGAGGAGGACGCUGGAGUCGCGGAAUCCAUAGAAGAAGCCCGGCGCCGAGCAGCCAAGGAGCUGGAGGCUCUCAACCUGCGCUACGAGGAGCGGGUCCAGGCCUGUGACAAGCUGGAGAAAGGACGGACCCGGCUGCAGCAGGAGCUGGAUGAUGUCACCGUGGCCCUUGACCAGCAGCGCCAGGUGGUGUCUGCGCUUGAGAAGAAGCAGAAGAAAUUUGACCAGAUGCUGGCUGAGGAGAAGCUGAUCUCUGCCCGCCAUGCGGAGGAGAGGGACCGCGCGGAGGCUGAUGCCCGUGAGAAGGAGACCAAGGUGCUGUCGCUGAGCCGUGCCCUGGAGGAAGCACAAGAGAUGCGGGAUGAACUAGAGAGGCAGAACAAGCAGCUGCGGGCUGAGAUGGAUGACCUGGUCAGCUCAAAGGAUGACGUCGGAAAGAAUGUGCAUGAGCUGGAACGGUCCAAGCGGGCGCUGGAGCAACAAGUGCAAGAAAUGCGGGCCCAGCUGGAGGAGCUGGAAGAUGAGCUUCAGGCCACGGAAGACGGGAAGCUCCGCUUGGAGGUCAACAUGCAGGCCCUGAAGGCCCAGCACGAAAGGGAGCUGCAGAGCCGGGAUGACGCCAACGACGACAAGAAGAAGCUGCUGAGCAAGCAGGUGCGGGAGCUGGAGGCCGAACUGGAUGCCGAGAGGAAGCAACGGGCCCAGGCCCUCGCAGCCCGGAAGAAGCUGGAGCUCGAUCUGCAGGAGGCGCUGGCGCAACUGGAUGCUGCCAACAAGGGACGGGACGAGGCAGGGAAGCAGCUGCGCAAGUUGCAGGCCCAGAUGAAGGAGCUCUGGCGGGAAGUGGAGGAGGCCCGAGCCGCUCGGGAGGAGAUCUUCAUCCAGUCCCGCGAGAGUGAGAAGAAGCUGAAGAACCUGGAGGCGGAGCUGUUGCAACUGCAGGAGGAGCUUGCGGCCUCGGAACGAGCCAAGCGGCAGGCUCAGCAGUAUGGGAACAGUGGCAAGUCUGCCCUCCUGGAUGAAAAACGCCACUUGGAGGCGAGAAUCGGGCAGUUGGAAGAAGAGCUGGAUGAAGAGCAAAGCAACAUGGAGCUCCUGAAUGACCGAUACCGCAAGCUCAGCAUGCAGGUGGAGACGCUCACGACAGAGUUGGCAGCCGAGCGCAGCUUUUCGCAGAAGGCUGAGAAUGCCCGGCAACAGCUAGAGCGCCAGAACAAGGACCUGAGGGCCAAGCUGGGAGAGAUGGACUCGUCCGUCAAGUCCAAAUAUAAGCUCGCAAUUGCAACUUUGGAGUCCAAGGUAGCCCAACUGGAGGAGCAGCUGGAACAGGAGAGCAGGGAGAGGAUCUUGUCAGGGAAACUUGUGCGACGGGCAGAGAAGAAACUCAAAGAGGUCAUCCUACAGGUGGAUGAAGAGAGGAGGAACUCUGAUCAGUACAAGGAUCAGGUUGAGAAGAGCCACCUGCGGCUGAAGCAGCUGAAGCGGCAACUGGAGGAGGCAGAAGAAGAAGCAUCGCGGGCCAACGCCAGUCGCCGUCGCAUGCAGCGUGAGCUUGAGGAUGUCACAGAGUCUGCUGAGUCCAUGAACCGUGAGGUCACCAGCCUGAGGAACCGCCUCAGCAAGUUAGAGCGCCGGCAGCGGAAGCGUACACCUCUGAGUUUCACCACCCGAACCGUGCGGCAGGUCUUCCGCUUGGACGGCGUUUCGGACGAGGAGACCGAGGACCCGGAAAGCGACUCCCCUUCUGCGAAUCACCAGCCCUCCCAGCCCCCAGUUUCCUCUCAGGGGCAGCCACAGCAGCCGCCCCCACCUGCUGAGGCGGCCCAGACAGAAUGAGGGAGGGUGUGUGAGACCCCCCCUGGUGGGUGGGGGCGGAUCUUGGGGUGUAGGGAUCCCGCCCAGUCUUGCGCACUGUCUGAAAUGAAUACAGGAAUUUGAAUACAGGAAUACAGUAACGGGGGGG